GUUCCCAUCUCCAAUAGCAAGCCUAUUGUGUUUGUUCGCUGUGAAUGGCAAACAGCUGACUGUUACGCGAUUCGAAAAGAAGAAGAGCAACUGCGUUUUGUAUGGAAUUAUAGGAUUAUUUUUUUUAAGUGAGUGAAAUGCUAAGAACUUUCGUCACAACCGCGCUGCGAAGCGUUUGCCGCCAGUCACCGGCUGCAUCUUCGUUGAUUCCUCUGGUCCAGCGAACACAACGUGCCACUUUGAUGACUCUAUGCCGUCCUAGCCUGUUGCCCGCGCCAUGCCUGGCAUCUCCUGCUCAUCACCAGCUCCUCCAGCUGCCGGGAGUACUAACAGCCACAGGAUCACCAUCAAACACACGCAACGUGACCAAAUUCUCGCUGGUGAAGGGUAAACGAAAGACCGUCAAGGCGGUAUUGAAGCGGUUUAAGCGGUUGGACUGGGGCGCCUGGAUACGCACCCAUUCCGGACGCCAGAAGAAGCUCUUCAAGAAAUCCGCAGCCUUGCGACGCCGCCUCAAGCAGCACGUCUUCACCAAUGCCACGCAGAGCUGGCUGCUGGACAAGAUGGUCACCAACUAUUGGCGGCGCCCAAAGCAUUUCAUCAACGAUCCCUAUAAGCCCUAUCACAGCCGCAACGAGUACUAUGCCACACAGUCAAAGACCUUUAAGGUGUGACUUGGCUAACAAAAGAUAAUACAUAUUUCAAUUAUACAAAAAAAUAUCUGAUUAUAGUUUAUCCAAUGAAAACUACAAAAUCAUCUAUUAAAUGCCAUUGUUUCACAAACUAUACAAAAAAC